GUCGGCUGUCCCGGCCACGUGGUUGUCGGGGCGGCCCAUCCUGACCAGCACUUGGCCAUCUCCUCGCGCGUUCUUCUUAGAGAAGCAGAGGCUGCCAUCGCGAAUCUCUCCUCAGUACCGGGCGCAGAUGAAUCUGAUGAGCCGCCUCCCACUGGCUUGCCUGCACCAGUCCUCUUCCCCUUGCGUGCAGGUGGAG